AUGUCGACCGUUUACCAGCCCUGGAAGGCCCGUCCAACGGUGUCGGAACUCGACGGAGACUCCUCGUCGACGACCACGGCAAUUGCGCUCUCGUCCGAUCUGGGCGAACCAGUAGUACGAACGCGCAAGUUCUUCUUCCAGCGCAAAGAGCAACUUGAUCCGGAAGCGAUUGCCACUCAGCCAUCGGUAUACGACAAUCCGGACACGGCCAAGGAGUAUCGGCCUCGCGACGACUGGGAGAACAUUCAUCGCUUCGACCCGGCAGCAAGGUGGACAUGGGGGGAAGAAACGCGGCUCAUCCGCAAGAUCGACCUGCGCAUUAUGGUGUUCGCCUGCGUUAUGUUCAUGGCGCUGGAACUUGACCGGGCGAACAUCGGCCAGGCUUUGACGGAUAACCUACUGGAUGAUCUUGGGAUGAAUACGAACGAUUAUAACCUCGGAAACACUGUGUUUAAGCUUUCAUUCCUCUGCGCAGAGCUGCCGUCACAGCUGGUUAGUAAGUGGGUCGGUCCUGACCGGUGGAUUCCGGCACAGAUUACGCUGUGGUCUGGCGUGGCCAUGUCACAGUACGCAUUGAGUGGACGCAGUUCGUUUCUCGCGUGCCGAGCACUACUUGGUAUCCUCCAGGGCGGUUUCAUUCCUGACAUCAUCUUGUACCUCUCGUACUUCUAUAAGCAUCACGAGAUGACGAUCCGACUGGGUUACUUCUGGACGGCCAUGAGCAUGGCUGACAUCGGCGCCGGCUUUCUCGCGUUCGGCCUGCUUCAUCUUCGAGGCGUACAAGGCCAGUCUGGAUGGCGUUGGCUGUUCCUAUUCGAGGGUCUCCUCACAUUGUUGAUCGGCCUAGUAGCAUUCAUUCUCAUGCCUCCCGGUCCUUGCCAAACGGCCAACUGGGCACGCGGAAAGAAAGGCUGGUUUACCGAGCGGUAUGUUCUGUCUACAUGUGCUCAUGCAAAGACUGACCUAGGCAGAGAGGAAACAAUCAUCGUCAACCGGGUAAUUCGCGACGAUCCCAGCAAAGGAACCAUGCACAACCGCGAGCCCAUCACGCCAAAGCUACUCUGGAAGAGUCUCUGCGACUAUGACCUCUGGCCAAUCUACAUCAUUGGGCUGACUUUUCAAACCCCCAUGACCACUCCGCAACAGUAUCUGACCCUCACGCUACGUGGUCUAGGCUUUAGCACAUUCACGACCAACCUGCUUAUUAUCCCAAAGGAGAUAUUGCACAUCACGACAAUGGUUCUCUUAUCGUAUUCUGCCGAGGCGGCAAAAGAACUGACCUUCAUUUCCAUGCUCGGCCAGAUAUGGGCUUUGCCAUUCCUCGUCUACCUGUACGUCGUCGACAUCAAUACCGUCAACAAGUGGGUAGUGUGGGUUGUAAUGACGUUGUUGCUCGGUUACCCAAAUGCCCACCCAAUUCAAGUCGGCUGGAACUCGCGCAACUCAAACACUGUCCGCUCCCGGACCGUGUCCGCAGCGAUGUACAACAUGUGUGUGCAGUCAUCCGGCAUCAUCGCUUCCAACAUCUACCGCGAGGACGACAGCCCGCGAUACCGGCGUGGCAACCGCGCACUCGUAGCCCUCGUUACAGCCAACAUUGCCAUCUACUGCUUGACCAAGGUCUACUACGUCUGGAAGAACAAGCGGCGCGAGAGAAAGUGGAAUUCGAUGAGCGAGGCGCGGCAGCUGGAGUACUUGAGCACGACUACGGAUGAGGGGAACAAGCGGCUGGAUUUCAGGCUCGCUCACUAG